AUGCCGGUCUGUCGAUUGCCGAAUCAUGGACUCAACUUUCACGGCGAACCGGAAUUGUACUUGCAGGUUCCUUGGCCUGGCUGGGCGCCUGACUACCAUAUGCUCUUCAAUUUUCCCUGCAUUUCCGCGUUUGAUUGGUUUCGGAAUGCUGCCUCACCGGCCAGGGCGGCUCAGUCGGGCGCGACUUUUUCUGUUGCAAUAGAUCCCGAGAGCUGUGACUUAUUGCGCAAGAUCAAGAUCCAGGAAGGAUUGGGUUUUGGCAACGUUUUGCACUUGAUGCUCUUUGAUGCCGCGGACAACAAAAUGAUCAGGGUGCGUCGCUUAGCGACUUCAACUCCUGGGCGCGCGAAUGAUCUUCAGGCUGUAGCAGAAUCCUAUCCCGCACGUCGCACGCUAGAUGAUCAAAUUGAUUUGAUCGUUUUGCAGUUGUUGGGUCGGCGACGUGCUAUUUCCGGCAGUGCUGCUUAUCAGUCCCAUAUCCAUACAGAUAUAAGGAUCGCGGUUUUUGACUCGAUGUCUGCAAUCCAACCUCCCUCGGCAUCUCCAGCAAUGGCGCAGUUCCUACCUCCUGUACAUCUUUCCUCAGUCGUCUUCGUCUUCUUCGCAAUAUGCGGCUUCUAUUUCAUCGUGCUGCAAAUGGCACUCUCACACGCUCCCGACCGUUUUCUCGAGGUUCACAAAGCGUCGGAUGUCCCACUCUCAAUUACGCACAACACCCUUCCGCUCCUUGACAAGGUCCUCACCCCGUUGAUCUCAUUUUUCGUCGCAGCAUUUGGAAACUCGUCUUCGGCAGCAUACCCAACCGUUGUACAUUUCGUCUGGUCCUUCGGCUGCGCGAUUCAGGUCCCGUUAAUCGAGGCUCAAAGAAUUGGCGUCUAUGGAACAAAAUCUAAACGCAGCUUGGCAGUACUUGCGCUUGCCUUCCCUAUGACUUGGGCGGUGCUAUACCAACGGCUCAGUGGAGGCUUUAUCAUUCCCAUCUGGCUUGCGUUCUUCAUGCAGGCGAAGGUACGCGCAGAAGGUGCAGGCAUGGAGCAGUUCAAAGCUGAGAGCGCUGUCGCGGGAUGGUGGAUCGGACACACCUUCCCGGCACUUGUCAUGCUCGUUCCUGGCCUACCAGCACUUCACAAGGCACCGCUCUGGGUAGCAUUCCCCAUUCUCAUGUCACUCGGACAAUGGGGCUAUCUCUUCAUUCGCAGACGACUUGCGGGUUCCCACGGCCCGUCGCGUUCUGAUUCAGGAUACCUGCCAGCAAUGUUUCUGUAUCUCUCGGGCUUCAUUGGAGCGUUCUUCGCACAUCUCAGCAUCAUGGGCAGCACCCACAGCAGAAGUACCCGCAACAAGCUGCUCGGGCUAAUGAUGUUCAUCUACAACUUCUUCGUGCCUGCGACUGGUCUUCGCAUCCCAUCUCCGGCAGAAACUACAGCCGAGUCGGGUGUAGUACACUUUGUGCAAUUCGACGUGAUCGUUGUCUUUUCCGCAUUAUGGACUGCGCUCAUCUGGGACCUUGCGAUCCGCCGAGCAACGUUGAAGACGACUAAAAUGGAUACAUUCAAAUGGGUCUCCCGGAGCGGCAACGACUUUGCUUCUCAUGUACCGCGAGACAAAGCUCGUGUUCGGGCAAUGUCUCCUGCCUAUAUUGCCUCCGAUGACCACAACGAACGACAAGACGCCUUUGCUUGCGGCCGCAAGGAAAAAGCAGAACACAUAUUAGGAUCAAAACACAACACAACACUGCUGUGCAGACUCGUGCGCCCCUGGCGCUCGUAAAGCCCGCCCGCGAUCAUAGCUCUUUCAAAAUUUGUAUCACUUCUUCAUCGCUGUCAUCAUCGC